UAAAGCCAAAGAACCUCCCUCUCGCGCAGCUCACUGUGUUGCAUCUGUCCGCCACCGCGAGCAAGACAGAGAGAGAGGGAGAGUGUGAGAGAGAGAGAGAAAGAAAGAGAGAAAGAGUGAGAGUGUGUGUGAGCGCGCGCGUGUCUUCGGGGGCGUGCGUGUGCGCUAGUGAGAGAGAGCGACUGAGCAAGGCGAGAGAGCGAGCCAACAGCCAGAGAGAGGAGAAGCGUGCAGUCGAGAGGGCUAAGAGAGAGAGAGAGAGAGAGAGAGACGCGGAGAGCACCGAGAGCAACACAAAGCUAUGAAAUUCGUCCAAGCUGUUUGCCUGCUUCUUCUCUGUCCCGUUUUUAGCCUCAACACCAGCUAUGAGGGCCUGGAGAAGAAGCUGAAGGAGGUGUUCACAGAGAGAACGGGGAUCUUACGCCAACUCUCCAAAACUUCAAAGGAGCUGGACAGCAUAAAAGGAAACCUUCAGACGCUGAAGAAUGAUGACUCCGUGGCUAAGACGGAUGUGCAGAGAAUUCUGGAGCUCAGCCACAAGCAGAGGGAGGAAAUGAAGUCGCUUCAGACGGCCCUGCAGAAGCAGCUUGAUGAGGCGACGGAGAAAGCAGAGAAGCAGCAGGCUACGAUCAAGUUCCUCAAGAUGGAAAUGGAGAAGAAGACCAAGAUAAUUAAGGACCUGCAACAAGAGAACAAAAGCCUAAAGAACAAACUUCUGUCCGGCAACAAGCUCUGCGACAUCCAUGCAGAAGAGUCCAAAAAAAUCCAGGCGCAGCUGAAAGAGCUGAGGUACGGCAAAAAGGAUUUAAUUUUCAAGGGUCAACAGCUAAUGGACUUGGAAAACAAGUUACGAGUAGCCAAAGAGGAGCUGGAGAAAGCCGCGCUGGACAAGGAGUCUCAGCUCAAAGCCCUGAAGGACACAGUGCAUCUCUGCUUCUCCUCUGUUCUGCACAGCCAGACGGCAAACGGACACAGAUUCCCUGCUAACCCGACUCACCUGUUUAGGUACGCUCCACUGAUCAACAGCUCCAGAGUCACUUUUCAGCAGCCACACGCAAAGGAUAUCCCAAAAGUUCCCAGAAUCACUACAACAAGUAAAUCAUCUGUGAACACAGAAGCAAUGAGGAGAGACAGUUCAGGAGUCAAGGACUGCCAGGUGGUAAAGGUCGACGGGACCUGUUCCCAGAAUCAGACUGAGAAGGUAUCUGUGGAGACCAAAAAAAUGAUGGCUCACAGCACCCAGAAGAGCCAUGACAGAACUGGAAAUGGCAAUGCAAGAACAUCAGAGGGCGACAUGACAAUGGAGGGUGCCAUUAAAAAGACACAUCUCGACAAACACAACUGAAGGCAGACAGGAUGAAGCUGCAGAUUUUCUGCAUGGUCUGGAUGAUGUCAAAUGAAUUUAGGCCCCUUCUUUCACUCAAAAAGCAUAUAAGCACACACACAUGCACGCUGGCAAGCACACAAUUAGAUUCGCUCAGUCACACACACACACACACACACACACACACACACACACACACACACACAUACACUGACAUACAUGCAUACACAUACACACUCUCUUAAAACCAAUGUCACAUAGAAGCUCUGCUCUUGUAGAAAUGUCACUUCCCAACUUACUAAAUUUUUGAACUUUCUUGAUUAAAUAAGCAGCAUAGUACUAUGGCAUGCAUACUAGACUUAUAGGUUUUUUAAAGGUUGCAAUGGUAUUGGUAAUUUUGUUUUAUAAAUGUUCAUUUCUUUGUUAACUCCUUAAUUUUUUUAAGUGAGGACACCACUAUAUUAAUUUGUGAUGUUUAUAAAUAAACUACUCUUGUCAACUGGUUCAACCUAGAUUUUCAGUGCUGAUACUGCUCUCUCUCUUAUCAAUUAAGAACUGUUCUGCAAAAUUGAAAACAAAAAGUAUGGUUUCUCACGCAUCGUAGCAAAGGUUGAUUUAUUCCCUGUUCCAUUUUCCAAAGUACGUAGGCUCAAGUUGGCUGGCCAACUUUCACCAUUGAAUAUUCCUGAGCUCUUCCUUCCUUGUUGGUGUCAGAGGUGAAGAGCUAAAGACUCACAGUGAGUCGUUUUCCCUGAGAAUGAUGUGCCAUGCACUGAGUAUUAAUCUUCGCUACAUCUGUCUCUAUCUCUACUUUUCUGUGUCCUUUCAAUAAACCGUGAUUUUUUUGGUAAAUGUGUAAAGAAUAAAUGGUUCUUUGUGGAGAAAGAAA